UGCAUGGGCCGAUUAUUGAGUUUCGAAUUGUUUCGAAAUGAGUUUCGAUAGUCCGAGACUCAGGGCUGAGGCGCUGAGCGACGACUGUUUUAUAAUAAUAAUACUGGUUUUAAUUUUAGAAGCUUUAACCAAACAUGCCGCUUCUUUUGGAGCAUUGUGGUUUAAACUUGAAAUCUGCCACAAUUGUGAUCGGCUGUUUUUCAAUAUUUUUCUCAAUAUAUCGAAUCAUCAAAGAUGUAACCAUGAUAACUGCCCUAAAGAGUAUAGAAGAUGAAGAUGGUUCAUCAGAUUUACCCAGCAAUGCUAUACCAGACUUGCUCAAAAUCCUUUAUGUUGGUACUGCUUGUGCAAGUAUGUUGUUUCUUUUCAGUUGGCUUCUGCUCCUUGGAAUAUGGAAGGAAAUUUCUGGUUUCAUUUUCCUGUGGUUACCGGCGUCAGCGUUGUAUAUAUUAAUGGAUCUUGCAGUUGUUAUCUAUUGUGGAGUCGUGUACACAGACGUUAGUGAUAUUGGUCUUACAAUUGGACUGACUUGUUUUGGGUGUGCCCUUGAAACCUACUUCAUAGUGGUCGUUGCAUAUUAUCUGAAGUCACUGACCGGGAGAUUUUUGCCUGGGUCGGGAUACCAGAACCUUCCAUCUGUUAAUUCAUAGUCAUAGUGCACUAAGCAACUAAAGCAGGGUAUCAGGCUACAGUAUAACACACUUUAGGUGGCAAUAGAAGUGAGAUAUUUUCUGCGCGGAGAGGACGUGUAUUGAAUUAUUUCGCUUAAUCAAGUAGAACGGUAAAGUUGCUAGCAAACAAUAGUUUUAUAUACUGAAUAUAUUUCUAUAUAGUAAAAGCCGUAAUAUGCAUUCACAUGUCAUGGGAAAUGGGCAAUGGAAAUAAAUUAUGAUGAUUUGAAAUUUGCUUAGAAUGACUAAAUACUCGGACUUGCUUUUGGUUUCAAUCUUCGCCUCUCCUCGUUUCAAACUCCCUGUCGGUACAAUCAUAUGUGUAAUCCUAUAAAAUGACUUAUUUGGCAAAAUUUUUCAUUGAGUUUGGCUUAUCGUAGGAUAUCAGAAUUAAUCAGACCGACGUCAGUCAUUCAAUAGUUCUUAAUAUUGAACAAGACAAUGUCAAUGGCUGAUAAGCUUAAACAAGUCAUUGCAACUUGAUGACAACAUAUAACAAUAUAGCAACAAUACAACAUAUAACAAUAACAAUAAGUUCCAAGCAUAUAUUAUUGCCUAUUGACAAAAUCACAC